AUGCACAGUGCGUCAUCCAUGGCUUUCAUGCAAAAUGAUGUUUAUUUUCCUGUAAUAGGUAAAUCUAAGACUCCAGAUUCGUCCCUACUGUACCAGACUUCUACUGAAUCUUCAAUUCCUUCGUCUUUAUCAAUUUCCCGCUCAUCCUCUACUUCAUCAUCUUCAACUACCUCUUUACCAAGUGAAACUGUCGUUGACUCGAAACUUCAAUUUCUACAAUACGUAGAUCCUCUCCCAUGCAUUCCUCCAAGCUAUGAUGAAGUUAAUCCACUGAAUAGACUGAAUUUGAGGAUACCAGUUUUCGAUACCUUCGAACCAUACUCCCAAGAUGAUAAACCUCCAAGCUAUGAGGCCACAAUACAUAAAUUCGCAAAAGUUAAAGUAAAACUUGAGUUUCAAUCUCCUUAUGACAGACUUAUCUCAAGUUUUGGCAAUAAAACCAAGGACUGUUUAUUGGAACUGAAUUCAACGCAGUUAAAUCUUUAUAGUAUACCCAAAAAUUUAGACGUUUCAACAAAAGAACUGAAACGAUAUUUUAGGGAUUCUAAUUUGUUCAGAUCAUUUACAUUACAGUUUGGUAAAAUUGGUAGUACGGUAAAUGAUACAUUUCGUAAAAAACAUACCCUACGUUGCAGGUUAGAAAACCAGCAGUUUCUUAUAGAAUUCAAGGACCUGCCGGACAUGAUCAAAUGGUACAGAUACAUUCACACAGGUAUAGCCGUUUCAUUGGAUUUAUCAAUAAGAGAGAUUCCUAAUUAUAGAAUUGUUCCUAGAAGAAGAAGAAAGAAGAAGGUUCGUGCUUACGCUGAUGAAUCUAGUAAUAAAUUUAUGAAAAGUGUCAGGAAAAUAUUUGGUACGAAACUAGAAAUACCCCUUCAAAAUCAACACCGACGUGAAAUUGAGGAUUUGACUCAAUCUUAUGAAGAUGAAGAAGAACUUGACAAUGAGGAAGAAGAAUUUGAUGAUAAUGCCACCCUAUCCUCGCAGGAUUCAGGAGAAUCAUCACAUUCUGUGAAAAAGUGGAAUCCAUCUUAUAGAAUACUACCACAGAAGAAGCAAAUAGACCAACAAUUACGUUGUAUCAAACCAUUCAGUGAGCGUUAUCGUUGGUUUGGUAAAAUUGUCACCGUAAAAGUCUCGCCUCCAAAUUACCAAACAAAUAAUCAGGUACGAAAUGAUAAAAACCAUUAUUUGAGCUAUUACAUUGUAACGCAAAAUGGACUAGUGAACUCAAAUUCAAAAGUUUUUGAUACUUGGAAUCAAUUAUAUAACGGCACCUAA